UAUUUUUAUUGUCCAAAAUUUUUUACAAGUACAGUUUAAAUUCAGUUACACAUGAUAUAAAAAUAUCCAAAUAACACAGCAAGCGCUAUACUAGAAAAACAGCAAUUGAACACAAAUAAUUUAUAGCUAUUUGGCAAAGCAGCUUCUGUUAUAAUCCCAGACAUCUAGUACUUGCUCAUAAAACUUAUAGCUCUGCUACACUUUUUCUUUUAACUAACCUGACCUUAAUUUGCAGAUAGUACCUAUAUAGAAACAAUUAAAGAAAACAUUUUGUAAAAAUUAGUGAUGUUUCAAACUAAAAACAUAAUUAAUUAGUAAUAUUUUCAUUCCCAAUUGUAAUGCUUUGAUAUGCCACUGUGUGCUACUCGCUUUGGGCCAAAUGGUAAUAGGCCAGCAUUAAAGAUUACAUACCCUCUCUUUUUCGUAGUCCAAGGUUUAGGUUAUGUUAUGUUCUGUGAAUUAUAUUUUUUUUGUGUGGCAUACAUCGUUAUUUAUUUCUUUAUGGUGUAAAAUUUUGUUAGGAAAAGUUAUUGAUAAUUAUGUCGGAGCAGUAUAUAUCAGAAAACACACAGUACGAAGAGAACUCUGAAGAUAUUGCAGGUCUCCUAUUAGAAUUCAUACAAAACUAUGAAUUUUUGUAUGACAUGAAAAAUAAAGAUUAUAAAAAUAGCAGAAAAAAAGAAGAUGCAUGGAAAGAAAUAGCAUCUAUAUUAAAUAUAAGUGUGGAUCAUUGUCAGAGAUUAUGGAAGUCCUUGAGGGACAAAUACACAAGGGAGAAGCGAAAUACAGGAAAAUCAGGUUCUGCAGCUCCCAAAUCAAAUUGGGUGUUGUUUCCGAAAAUGUCCUUCUAUGGAAAAUUCAGCAAACCCAGACAAACAUUCACAAGUAGGUCAAGACAAAACUUGGUGCUAAAGAGUCGCCCUUCAUCUUCAUGCAGCUCCGCUAGCAGUGGGAGAUCAGUUUGGAGCAUGCUGCUGUCUCCAGAGCCUCAGGGUGCAAAUGAGGGAAAAGAGGAGACUUUAGAGAGGGGGGAUUUGGUAUGUGAUAAUCCUGGUUCUUCCAGGAUUGGACAAACUACUUUAAAAACAUCCCCACAAGGUGUUUCUAAAAGAAAAAAGAGAGUUGCAGAUGAAGAGGUUAAUCAAUUUUUGGAACUGGGUAGAAGCCUGUCUAGUUGCAACAACACUAUCCAUAGGAAUCAAACCAGGCCAAAUGAUUCAAAUAGAUCAUUUUGCGAGUAUAUCUUUUCUGUACUAAAUGACAAUCCUCCUGAGAAAGCAAAAGAAAUUAGGAGGAGGUUCCUACAAAUCCUUUUAGAAGAAAACAUAAAUUAAUUAAAAAAAAAGACUAACGAAAUAAACUUUUUUAGAUAUACCAUGUACAACAAUAGCAAUUGUAGGCAUUAAAGGAAUACACAAAACUUCAAAAAAACAUUAAUCAAUCCUACAAUAUAAAUAUUAAAAUGAAGCUACAUACCCACCAAAAAUAAAAGACCAAUACUAAAAAGUUCCUUUGUGUCACUUAAAACUUUAUAUCCGUGAAUAUGCAGGUUAAUAAAAAUAAAGUAUAUGAAAGUAA